AUGGCAUCAAAUGUCGAUGGAAAUGAAAGCGCGGGCAACGAGAACACCACCGUCCAUGAAGGACCACUGAGUACAGAUGAGCAUGAUGGCCAUGCUGAUGACGGCAUAGUCCCGAUCAGCGCCUUACAUGUGCAAGCUUCACUCAGAAAGCGAGCGCCAACAGGACCGAUCCCAGAAAGAACUUGGAAUUUCUACCUGAAUGCCUUCACCGGGCUCCUGACGUACGAGAAUAUCCUUGAUCAACGAAAUCAGUGCAUACGAUCUCGACGAGGGCACUCAAUGUCACGAUUCGAAGUGCACGACUCAGUAGCCCCCAUGUCUGCUCAGACCAGAGGCGGAGGCAGCUACCCGUAUCCAGCCGAAUAUCGAAGGCUGGUGAAGUUGGACGGAAGGCGCGAUAUUGAGACCGGUGGCCGUAACCCAUUAGCCCAACAACUACCCAAAGGAUUUGCAACUGUGGUGACGAAAAAGAAAGCUACAGUCAAAAAUCGCCUGUUUGGCAUUUUCCCCCGCGGCCAACCCAACCCAGUCGAAAGAGUAAUGUUUUGUCAUCAGCCUAAACAAUUAUUUCGACAGUUUGGUCGGGAAAUCUUCCGUCUACGCGGUUUCUGGAAGACACUGUUUUCUCUCAGACACGUAAAAGGAUUCCAGCUAUACAAAUGCAAUGCGCAGAACGGGACUCACGAACGUAUCGAUCUUGACAAAAACGGCGCUGCAGAUUUGCAAUUGCUCCUGCAUACGUACAAGCAAUGGCGAGUCCCCGAGCACAUCGCACUUGCCUGGGCAGACUGGAUUCACCAAGAAUUCAACAACGACUCACAUGACGUACUCAUUGGAAAGUACUCACUUGAACUUGUAUUGGGCUGGUCUAUCACUAGGAUUGUCGUCGUGAUUCUCACACCUGUGGUGCUAAGCCUGGUUAUCGGACUCUGGUUCAACUCGAAGGACUGGAUGGAUCUAACCACAAUCCAGACCGCUUGGUCUACCGCAUCCUAUAUUGUGACGGCAGGAGGCUUCAUUGCCGCUCUUCUUGGUAUUAUGAGCAGUCUCGCGGAUAACUAG